AUGUCUAACAUCCCGCUCGGACCCGGACCCGAAAUCGUCCCGCUCUCUAUUUGGACGGAGAAUCAUAUCACCGCCAUUUACAAGGCCACCAACCUCGCUGACUUCGACAAGGCGUUCGACGCGUUCAUCAGCAAGGAUGCACAGAUCACUCUGAACGGCCGCAAGCUCACUCGCGAGGAGUACAAGUUGCAACUCGUCGGCGAGACAUUUGCGGAGAAGUCCGCAAACGUCUCAUUCUUGGGUGCUGUUGACGUGCCUGAAAAGGUUAUCGGUCUGACCCAGACCGGGACCGUCGGUGUUUUCUUUCAAGCCACAGUUUUUGGUCGGCUCUUAUUCAGGGGAGCGCCCGUCACUAGCACCGUAAACGCCUCUCUGAAUGCUACUGUCGCCGCAGGCAAAUCGGGGACUACGGUUACUGUGCUCAAUGAGGUUGUAGUGGAUCAUGUCAACCACUAG